AUGUACGUAGCUAUUGGUCGAGCCGGACCUCGAGGAAUUUGUGUGAUGAUGACGACGGUAGACGAGGACGGAGUCAAAGAUGCGAAGGCAGACAGCGACAAGGACGAAGCAAGCGAGGUCGUCGAGGAAAAAGAUGAUAGCGAUGAACAAGUUAAAUUAGACCAAGAGGCCAAAGACCGAUAUGACGGCAGAGAGUUCCUUUGUUGGCCUUCGAAGCUGGUGAAGAAUAGAAGAUCAUCCGAAUCUGCGAAGAUAAUUUAUAAUGAGCACGCGAUUGGCAAAGAUUUCCUCUGGAACGACCCUAUAAACUGUCUGAGGAAGGCUAGGCGAUACCACGCGGGCAGGACUAGUCCUCUGAGUCAGAAUCGCUCAGCAGUCUCGGUCGCCGAUUUUCUCAUAGCCAGCGUCUUCCGUGGACCUGAAUUCAUCAUGGGGCAACCAUGCCUAUUUUGCCUGUCCAUAGACACAUUCUUCAGGUUUGAAUAA